CCCGCCGCCCCGGUCACUUGCCAGUGUGGCGAGGGUUCAGGCAGGCCGGGGGCUCGAGGAGUCAUGAUAAGGGCGAAUCUUGAAUGAGUUUGAUGAUACGGGGAAGAAGAGUAAAGAUGAUGAGGAGUGAAGUGAAGGCGAGAUUGACGCGGGUUUGAGUGACAAGAAGCAGAGCAGCAGUAGCAGUAGCAGUGGCAGUAGCAGCAGAGCUGUCUAUAGGAGGGAGGAGGGGGCGGUGGUGGCGAGUGCUGGUCUUUUGACGAUACCGGGGGUUGGGCCGAGGAAUCUGAGGAAAUUGGUGGAUAAGGGUUUCGAGGAGGUUGCACAGCUCAAACAGCUGUAUAGGGAUAAGUUUUUUGGAAAGGCAAGUCAGAAGAUGGUUGAGUUCUUAAGGAGCUCAGUAGGAAUUGUUCAUAAAAACCAUGCUGAAAGUAUAACCUCCUUCAUAAAAGAGAGUGUGGAUGAAGAGUUAAAAGAUGAAGAUAGUGGCUCCGAGCUGAAGCUUAAUCCAAAGAAAAGGCUCACAUUUUGUGUCGAGGGAAAUAUUAGUGUUGGAAAGACCACUUUCCUGCAGCGAAUUGCUAAUGAAACAUUGGAGUUGCGUGAUCUUGUGGAAAUAGUGCCUGAACCUAUUGGAAAAUGGCAAGAUAUUGGUCCUGAUCACUUCAAUAUACUAGAUGCUUUCUAUGCUGAACCAGAAAGAUAUGCCUACACCUUCCAGAAUUAUGUGUUUGUAACCAGGGUCAUGCAGGAACGAGAAUCUUCUGCUGGAAUCAAACCCCUCAGGCUCAUGGAAAGAAGUGUUUUUAGUGAUAGAAUGGUCUUUGUGCGAGCUGUUCAUGAAGCUAAGUGGAUGAAUGAGAUGGAAAUUAGCAUCUAUGAUUCUUGGUUUGAUCCUGUUGUGUCGACCUUGCCAGGUCUUAUUCCUGAUGGUUUCAUUUAUCUAAGAGCUAGCCCAGACACAUGUCACAAGAGAAUGAUGAUGCGUAAAAGGGCGGAAGAAGGUGGCGUGUCCCUAGAUUAUUUGAGAGGUCUGCAUGAAAAACACGAGAGCUGGUUACUCCCAUUUCAAAGUGGAAAUCAUGGUGUACUGUCAUUCAGUCAGUUGCCAAUGCAUAUGGAUUGCUCACUGCAUCCUGAUAUCGCAGAUCGUGUAUUUUACUUAGAGGGAAAUGAUUUGCAUUCAAGUAUACAGAAGGUUCCUGCUCUGGUGUUGGAUUGCGAACCGAAUAUUGAUUUCAGCAAAGAUAUUGAAGCUAAGAGGGAGUAUGCCCGACAAGUUGCAGAAUUCUUCGAGUUUGUUAAAAGAAAGAAAGAGGAUGCGCCUUCAAAGACUGGCUCUAGUGAGAACGGAAACCAGAAAAUAGUGCUACCUCAUGAGGGCGGUUUCUGGGUUCCUAGCGGAACGCAGUUCCCCAAGUCAGCCUUGGAAUCUCUCGACUUCAGGAGAGCCAUGUCUUUCUCAUCUGGAUUGUAGGCUUUCUCCAUAAUCAUGGAUGCGGAGAAUUUGAAGUGCACACAAAUCUUUUUUCGUGAAUGUAUCAUCACUGGGCAAUCGGAUUGAGGUGCAUCUAUCUCUAUGUACUUGAUCAUGUACACACAUCAUCAACGCCAUAAGAAGCAAGUUUCAGCUGAAGGCAGCUACUGCAAACUUUUGUACAUUAAUACGUUAGUAGUAAUCUGUAGGGUUUAGUUUGGUUGGACCUCUUGCUGGGCCUUGUGUUUGUUUUUGUCGGCCUGCUGGUGGGGAUCUUGAAACUGUACCCGUGCUUGUAAUUAAUCUACUUGAUGUAUCGUAGUUUACCUGCUCUGGAAAAUUAUUGCAGUAAAUUUUAUCUGAAUUGUGGGGGUUUGUAAAA